UGCCAUCAGUCAGUUCCCACGUGCAGGUGAUGAUAAACAGGGAUAUAAAACGUAACCCCUGGCAACACCUUCCAUUCCCUUUCCCGUUUCAUUCACGUCCGAGACAUCGUCAAGGAUACAACGCGCUGCGCAAAGAUGGUAAAGGUUAUCACCUGUACAUUGUGUGAGGAACCAUAUGAUCUGGGGGACCAUGAACCUGUGGCUCUCCCAGCCUGUGGGCAUACCUUUUGCAGGCUGUGUCUGAGGAAGAUGAAGAGAGGAA